AUGAGCAACGAGGGUGGGAAGAAGUUGAAGCCCUUCGAGUUAGUGCUCCAGAAAGAACUGCUGGACCUGGACCCCAUUGACGGCGUGCAGCUGCACCAAGUUGACGAACACAGUUUGAAGGAAAUCGCCUUAUCGGUGACGCCCAAGGAGAGUUACUUCAGAGGGAAGACGGUCAGCUUCGUCAUCCUGUUCAAGGACACCUACCCCAUCGCGCCGCCCAAAAUAACAUGCCAGAGCAAGAUAUUCCACCCCAACAUUGACGAGCGAGGGAACGUCUGCUUGAACGUCCUAAAGCUCGAUUGGAACCCCAUCAUCAAUUUGCAGAUGCUGAUUCUGGGCCUGCUGCUCCUGCUGAAUGUACAGAUGAACCAUGUGGUGAACCCCAUUGAGGGGGACACCCAGGAGUUCUGCCCCCAUAAGAGAGAAGCGCAUCUGAUUUGA